AUGGUCUCUAAAGGUUGUAUGAACCUGUUUGAAGGUUACGACUGUGGCCAAGCAUCCGGGGGUAUUGAGGAUGAGGGAGAGGCCCAGGCAGGCUGGAUCGAAGGUGCUGCCAUCUUGUUCUCAGUCAUUAUCGUGGUGCUGGUGACCGCCUUCAAUGAUUGGAGUAAAGAAAAGCAGUUCCGUGGGCUGCAGAGCCGCAUCGAGCAGGAACAGAAGUUCACCGUCAUCCGCAAGGGCCAGGUUAUCCAGAUCCCAGUGGCUGAAAUCGUUGUGGGAGAUAUUGCACAAAUCAAAUACGGUGACCUUCUCCCAGCUGAUGGUAUCUUGAUCCAGGGUAACGACCUGAAGAUUGAUGAAAGCUCUCUGACUGGGGAGUCCGAUCAUGUCCGCAAAUCUCUGGAGAAGGACCCCAUGCUCCUUUCUGGAACUCAUGUGAUGGAGGGAUCUGGCCGAAUGGUGGUCUCUGCCGUGGGCCUGAAUUCUCAGACUGGAAUAAUUUUUACCCUCUUGGGCGCCGGCAGUGAGGAUGAGGAGAAGAAGAUGAAGAAAGGUAAAAAACAAGGACCCCCCGAAAAUCGCAACAAAGCUAAGACCCAGGAUGGCAUUGCUCUGGAGAUCCAACCGCUGAAGAGCGAGGAAGGUGCGGAGUCAGAGGAGAAGGAGGAGAAAGAAGAAAAGGAGAAAAAGAAGGUCAACGUCACCAAGAAAGAAAAGUCGGUCCUGCAGGGCAAGCUGACCAGGCUAGCUGUUCAGAUUGGAAAAGCAGGUCUCAUCAUGUCUGCGGUGACCGUCAUCAUACUUAUCCUGUUCUUUGUCAUUGAUACGUUCGGUGUCCAGGGCCGUGAGUGGACGGCAGAGUGCACUCCAAUCUACAUUCAAUACUUUGUGAAGUUUUUCAUUAUUGGUGUGACCGUGCUUGUGGUAGCUGUGCCUGAGGGGCUGCCUCUAGCUGUCACUAUCUCUCUGGCUUUUUCAGUCAAGAAAAUGAUGAAAGACAACAAUCUGGUGAGGCACCUGGAUGCCUGUGAGACCAUGGGUAAUGCCACAGCCAUCUGCUCUGACAAAACUGGAACGCUGACUAUGAAUCGCAUGACGGUGGUGCAGGCUUACAUAGGUGACACACACUAUAAAAGCAUUCCUGAACCAGAGGCCAUUAAUUCAGAGACUCUGGAGGUACUGGUGAACAGCAUCUCCAUAAACUCAGCCUACACUACCAAGAUCCUGCCUUCAGAGAAGGAGGGAGGUCUGCCAAGGCAUGUGGGUAAUAAGACGGAGUGUGCCCUUCUUGGUAUGGUGUUGGACCUGAAGAGAGACUAUCAGCCUAUUAGAGAUGAAGUUCCUGAGGAAAAACUUUAUAAGGUGUACACGUUCAACUCCUCCCGAAAGAGCAUGAGUACCGUACUAAAGAACACCAGUGGUCCCGGCUUCCGAAUGUACAGCAAGGGUGCCUCUGAGAUUGUCCUGCGCAAGUGUUCCCAUAUCCUUGAUGCUUCAGGCCAGCCACGUGUCUUCAAGGCCAAAGAUCGGGAUGAGAUGGUGCGGAAAGUGAUCGAGCCAAUGGCCUGUGACGGGUUAAGGACCAUUUGUGUAGCCAUGAGGGACUUCACAACAGAGCCAGACUGGGACAACGAGGCUGACAUUCUGAAUGACCUGACCUGCAUCUGUGUUGUGGGCAUUGAAGACCCUGUUCGUCCUGAGGUUCCUGAGGCUAUCUCUAAAUGUCAGCGAUCAGGCAUCACUGUCCGUAUGGUCACCGGAGACAACAUCAACACAGCCCGUGCCAUUGCCACCAAAUGUGGAAUCCUGCAGCCUGGAGAGGACUUUCUCUGCAUGGAGGGCAAAGACUUCAACCAGCAGAUUCGUAAUGACAAAGGAGAGGUUGAACAAGAGCGUCUUGACAAGGUCUGGCCCAAAUUGCGUGUUCUGGCUCGUUCCUCCCCAACAGACAAACACACUCUGGUUAAAGGCAUCAUUGAUAGCACAGUUGGAGAAACAAGACAGGUGGUGGCUGUGACUGGAGAUGGCACUAAUGACGGUCCUGCCCUUAAAAAAGCAGAUGUUGGCUUUGCUAUGGGUAUUGCAGGUACAGAUGUUGCAAAGGAGGCCUCUGACAUCAUUCUUACCGAUGACAACUUCACCAGUAUUGUCAAAGCUGUGAUGUGGGGGCGUAAUGUCUACGACAGUAUCUCCAAGUUUCUGCAGUUUCAGUUGACUGUCAAUGUGGUGGCUGUGAUUGUUGCUUUCACUGGAGCCUGCAUCACACAGGACUCUCCACUUAAAGCUGUUCAGAUGUUGUGGGUAAAUCUGAUUAUGGACACACUGGCUUCUUUGGCUCUGGCAACGGAACCCCCAACAGAAGCGCUCCUGCUGAGGAAACCUUACGGACGAGACAAGCCACUCAUUUCCAGGACUAUGAUGAAGAACAUCUUGGGUCAUGCUGUUUACCAACUUAUCAUCACAUUUACUCUUCUCUUUGCUGGUGAGAAGUUCUUCAACAUUGAUAGUGGCCGCAAUGCUCCUCUGCACUCCCCGCCAUCUGAACACUACACCAUAAUCUUCAACGUCUUCGUAAUGAUGCAGCUUUUCAAUGAGAUUAAUGCCCGCAAGAUCCACGGAGAAAGGAACGUGUUUGAGGGAAUUUACAGGAACCCCAUUUUCUGCUGCGUUGUUCUGGGAACCUUUGCUCUGCAGAUAAUCAUAGUGCAGUUUGGAGGGAAGCCGUUCUCUUGCACGGCUCUCACCAUCGAUCAGUGGCUCUGGUGUAUCUUCAUAGGAGUCGGUGAGCUGCUCUGGGGCCAGUUCAUCUCUGCCGUCCCCACACACCGCCUCAAGUUCCUGAAAGAGGCUGGCCACGGCAUCCCCAAAGAGGACAUAGCCGAGGAGGUGCUAACCGAAGGUGCGGAUGAAAUUGACCAUGCUGAGAUGGAGCUGCGCAAGGGACAGAUCCUAUGGUUCAGAGGUCUCAACCGCAUCCAAACUCAGAUUAAGGUGGUGAACGCAUUCCGUAGCUCCCUAUACGAGGGCCUAGAGAAGCCAGAAUCAAGAAGCUCCAUCCAUAACUUCAUGUCCCACCCUGAGUUUGUACCCCUCUCCGAGGAGGAAUCCCGCGUCCCCACGAUAGACGAGGACUGUGUAGAGAUUGAGCACCUCCCUUCCUCUUCCAGAAACGGAGGUGGCGGCAAACCCCCAGGCCGCUCUCUUCACAGCCAUGAAUUCUCCGUGUGAACCUCCCAUCAUUCUCCUGCCCCGAAAUCAUCGUUUUUUUUGUUGUUUUGUUUUGUUUGUUCUGUUUUUAAAACCUGUGCACCACUCCUCCGAUGGAGCUCUGCUGAUACACAUCUGAGAGACAGCAGCACCUACAGCGGCCGAUGGGGCGACUACGAUCCCUUUCUCCUCUCCUCCUUCCUCCCCACCCCUCUGCCCCUCUUGACUUGCACUGUGUCGGCAGCAGCAGCAGCGCUCUGUAAGUACAUGCGGCUGUGCUGCAGCCCAUGUGACGCAUGGCCUAACUUACACACUAGAGGGCGACGCUGCGGCAAAUGCCCUCUCUCAGCCUGUCACUGGCAUUUUUAUCUCUUCUACAGUUGUGAUUUUUCUCAUUUUUAUAUUGUCACGUCUCUGGUCUUGUAUAAUGCUGUAAUCAUUUUUGUUAUUUGUCCCAGGACUCUGUCACAUAGUUCUUUUUUUUUGGUUUUUUUUUGCUGGUACAGCCGAUUAUAUUCAUGCACUCAGUUGCUAUUUGAAUAGAUAAUAAUUUGUUCUGUUUUAAGGUGGUUUGAAAAACAUGGCAGUAAAGCUACCCAUGUUGUUUUAGUUUUUAAAAUGAUUUUAUGCUCUAAUGGACAUUUUAAGUGGUUCAGACACUACAUUCAUGUCAUGUGUUCAGACGUUGUCACAUACAAUGCUGUUAGGCUCAUUUUGGGUGUUCUGUCACUUUAUAUGUACAGAUGUAAGGCUGCUAUAGUGAACGUUAGCAGAAUAAAAGACUAUAAUAAACUAAACUUAUUGGAUAGCUGAGUUAAGAAUACCUGAUUGGCUCUUAAGGGGGCAGGGAGGGUCAUCCUACACAUCAUCUCAUCAAAAUCACACCCAAUGGGCAUCUCUAGUCUCUUGUUAAUGCUCAAUUGCCUCAAAACAAAUGCCCAGCUAAUUGACCAAGUACUUUAUCGAAGGUACAGCACCUCAUCAUAGUGUGCAUGUAUCUGUCUUUAGGUUCAUCUGUGUCUGAUUGUAUGGGAAUGGGAAUUGCAUUACUAACCUUUAUGGGAUAUAACAACUAAUGAAUAGGAUUUUCUUUUUUCUUGUUUCCUCUUUAGAAAAAAAAUGCGAUAGAGGUGGUUCUAUAUGCGUGUACUUUCAAAUCCAGUCUAUUUCUCACCUCAGCUCUGCAGUUAGGUGUUCUCCUUGUUAUCUAAUAUCAGGCUGUGCUCCACAUAAGCUCCAAGUUACUCAGACGGCACUGGUAGAGCUCUAAAAUCCCAUCCCUGAAAUUAGCCUGUGAGGGUAAGGAUACUGCACGUAGUAAGCAUGCUUUUGCUAUUUAAAAAAAGAAAAAGAAAGAAAGAAAACACUAACACCCAAUAGCAUGCAGCAAGGGCCUCUGUUGGAUCCUGUGAGCUCUGUUGAAACCUGGAUGACAAACUAGAUUGGACUGUUUUCAUAAGAGUGCGGCCUCAACGACAUGUGCUUUUUAUUAGCUGAAACAUACUACUGCCAUAGACCGACCUUCCGCUCAUACCAAUCUAGGUUCGAUGGAUUCCUCAAAUUACACCUUUUUCUACUCGCUCAGAGCCAUAUUUUAUAGAUUGUUUUUUAUAUCCCAUUGUUUUUGCAGUUUAUUUUGUAUUUCCAACCAAAUUCGAAAAACACACAGAGAGUCACUGCCUAAAGACAAAAGGGGAAAAAAAACCUAGAUGGACCACUUUAAUGUUUACGGAAAGGUUCCACGGCAGUCGGCUGAUGCUGCACUUCCCCCUACUGGCAGUUUUUGUUAUUUCGCUUAAGUGGAACAUGGUAUGUUAUUGUGGGGAAGCAUGCAUGAAUUUCAUAUAAAACUCAAUGUUUUGUUCCUUUUUUACAAUUGUUCUGUAUUUUUAUAUUAAGUACUUUUUAAUAUUUUGGGAAAAUAUAUAAAUAUAGGUGUAUAGGCCAGAGAGUUUGGUGACAUGACAAAUUAGCAAAAUAAGCAGUUGAGUACAUAUUUCAGUUAUAUAUAUAUAAAAAUAUUUAUGCCAUGUUUGUAACCACAUGCGGUUUCAGAUUUAAUGUCCGAGCUGAGAAAGUUAAGCAUUUACUGUAAAGUCAAGGGGUCUGGUCGAGUUGAGAGAGUGAGCAUUUAAUGGCCUUAUCCCGAAUAGCGUACUCCAAACCUGCAGCCCCAGAUAGAUGUGUGUAAAAUAUUAUGAUUUGUCACCUAAUUAGAAUCUUUUGGACUACAGUGGGAAAUGUUAAUUAAAGGUUUUGAGGUUUUCGAGCUCAACUUCUAUGUUCUUUUAGACUGAUAAAGCAUAAUUUAUUUUCUGUGAGACUUCUGUAUCACCCAUUAAAGUGGCAAAGUGUCGGCUAUGGAAAAUAGAGAUUAUUACAGUAUGUAUACUCUGUGUUGUCAUCAUUUAACUUUGAUUUGUCUUUGUGAAAACAUUUUUGUCAUACACAGCUCUGGAUAUAAAUGAAGCAUACCUACUGUAUGUUACACGAAAGUACAAAUGUAUUUGACUUGAUGUGGAAGCAGUCAAACGGUUUCCAGUUAGAGCUUUAUAUAAAUUCUGCCAAAGUGUUGCUUUGUACAGACUUAUGUCUUUGUUCUUGUUCAUUUGGAAUAACUUAUAACUGGAUUUCAUCCAUAUUUGGAUAUUUCUUUCCCAUGAGGAUCUAAAAUAUGCUUCUAUUUUUUUCAUUACUUGAUCAGAAUGGAUGCAGAAAAAGGUGGAGACGAUCAAAGCCAUUGUCUUUAAUUUUCUUUUCUAGUUCCCUUUAAUAGCUCUUUAGAACAAUUUCUGUUACUGCACAUGUUUUUCUCUCUCGCAUCGUGUAAACUGAGAAUCGCUUCAAGGUGUUGUGCAAUAACUUUGAAUUUUAACGCAUUACUACUCUACUGAAGUUGUCUGACAAUUCUUGUUUGCUUGGUUGGGGACGGGAGGAAAUGAUACACCACAGCUGUAAAUAAAAGAUUGUUUUAAAAUUGGAA